AUGCCGGGGAGAGCUUAUCUCGAGCCAGAAGAAGCGGAAUACCCAUUAGUACCAACACCAAAGGAAUUGGAGCUCUCUCAGCAACUAGUGGAGCUUCAAAAAGAGAAAGAUCAUCACGAAACUCGAGCGCUUGCUCGUAUUUGCGACCUUGAGUCACAGAUCCACAAAUUACAGGCUCGCAUUCAUGACCUUGCUUUGAUGUUGGAAAAUACAAAGCGAAGUCAACUUCUAACUCAGCAAGCUGCUGUGGAGGAGGAGCGAAUGCAUUGGAAGGCGAUCGUUCAAAAUCUUCAGUUAGACCUUGAUCGAGAAAAAAAUGACAAAGAAGCGCAGAAAAAGUGGCAUGAACGAUUUCUCUCGCCAGUCACUGUUUCUCAAGAUAUCUUCGCAGUAUCUGCAUCUAAAAUUCAAUCACCUGGAAACGGCUUAGAAAAGCGUGUUUUUGCUCAUUUUGCUCAAAGUCUGGCACUUCUUCCAGCAUCUCAAGCGCCAUACGUUGUUAAAGCAGGAAUUCUUCCAUUUCUUGUGCACUUAUUGCAAGAGCAGAUGGGAGACGUUGUCAUUGGCUCCGUUCUCAUUGCGUUUGUACAUCUUGCAAUUUACGGUGUCAAGUCACAGUCUUGUCAACAUACUUCCUUGAGUCGUGAAAUAGAUGUUCGCGAACAAAUUGUGAAGGCUGGAGUUGGUGCACCGCUGGUCGAAAUUCUUGAACACUCUCAAAAUGCUCGAAUCCUUGUGGAAGCAUCGCGUUUGUGUGCGGCUUUAGCGACUUUUGCUCCUAACAAACGCGCGUUGGCCUCGAAAAAUGUCGUGCGAUUUCUAAUCCAGCACUUAGUGCCAUGCAUUCUCUCACGCAGUCAAGAAAUGUGUGACAAUGACAACGAAGAAAGAUCUACUGUCAAGCUGGAUACACUAUCUUUUCCUUGGGAUCCAAACGUACAACAUAGUAUGCUGAUCGCUCUUGUCAACUUAUCUCAUGGUUGUGAAAACCUACGAGCUCAAAUUGCGGCUAGUCCAACUUUUGUGUCAAUUGUAGUGCAUUACCUAAAACAAAGUCCUGAUGUCAACGUGCAAAUUGAAGCUGCUAAGCUUCUUGGGAAUAUGGCAUACAACAAUGCUGUUAAUCAAAGCAUAUUGAUGGCGGCCGAUACGGCAACAGCAUUAUCUACUUGCCUCACAGCUGUAAAUUUGCAACGAAGUUCACAACUUGUUCGAGCUGGAGCAAUUGGACUUGCCAAUUUGGCUUAUACGUCAACGAACCAACUCAUUAUUGGCAAUAGCGAUACGUCGACUUUACUUCUUCAAUUGCUGGUUGAUGCUGUAAAGAUACCAACCGUCAUUGAGGGGGCAUCCAUUGCACUCGCUUGUCUUUGUCAUCAAAACCCAUCGAACAAAGCUCGAGUUGCCGCACAAAAUGGACUUCAAGUAUUGCUAUAUGCACUUCAGGCGACCUUGAAUUUGGCAGAAAAUGACGUAGAAGGCAGCCAUGAUGCAGCACUUAUUGCACUUUGCGAGUCUUUCGCCAUUAUUGUUCACUCAAGGGUUAAUCGUCAACACGCAACGGAACUCGACGGCCACGUUAUUCUUUGUAACUUGUGCUCGUCAGCGAAGAACCUGAUGCUAGUUAAAGCUUCAGCACAUGCGAUUUGUGCCAUGGUUCCACCUCCAAACGAGCGAAAUGCCUUGAUUGCAGAUAAUCGAGAAAGUGAAAUGGAAACUAAAUCAAUCACGCUAGAGACUCUCGAACGUGCACGUUACAUAUUGAAACAGGAGGCUCAGCGUGUUCUAGUUCCCAAUGAGGAUGAAAAUACUGCAAUGGGAGGCCGACUUCGAUGGCUUACGCGAACUAUUGAUACACUUGUUAGCUAUCGAACGCCAUCAGUUUUAUCGUCACAGUAUAUGGAAGGCGACAACGUUGCCGAAUUUUGCGAUCGGAGUAGCUUAUUGUUGGAGUCAUUUUCGUCUGUUCUGCCUGACGAACUCUGUCCUCAAUUUUUUUACGAUGAUCAAAGCUGA